AUGGCAGCGGAGGGCGCAGCGAUGGAGCUGGAGGGGCAGUGGCGAGAUCUGGACCGUCUGUUGCUGCGACCAGGGAUGCUCGUCGGGCCUGGAUUCGAACCCUCGCCGGAGAUCCGCGACUUUCUCAAGGACGACUGCCGCGUGCUGGUGGUGGGGGCAGGCGGGCUGGGCUGCGAGCUGCUCAAGGACCUGGUGCUGUCGGGGUUUGGCAGCAUCGACGUGAUUGACAUGGACACGAUUGAUGUUUCGAAUCUCAACAGACAGUUCUUGUUUCGCCCGGCUGACGUGGGCAAGCCCAAGGCCGUGGUGGCAGCAGAGCGAGUCAUGAGCCGCGUGGGCGGGGUGAAGGUGACCCCCCACUUCUGUCGCAUCGAGGACAAGCCCGCCUCCUUCUUCAGCGAGUUCAACAUCAUCGUGUUGGGGCUCGACUCGCUGGAGGCGCGCUCCUACAUCAACAGCCUCGUGUGCGGCUUCCUAGAGUACUCGCCUGAAGGGGAGCUAGAUCUGUCAUCAAUCCGCCCCAUGGUGGACGGCGGCACGGAGGGCUUUAAGGGGCACGCGAGGGUGAUCAUCCCGGGGGUGACGCCGUGCUUCCACUGCACGCUGUGGCUCUUCCCCCCCCAGACCAAGUUCCCCCUCUGCACGCUCGCUGAGACUCCCCGCUCGCCCGCACACUGCAUUGAAUACGCGCGCCUCAUCCAGUGGGGCGAGGAGCGGCCAGGAGAGUCCUUUGAUGCGGACAACUUGGAGCACAUACAGUGGAUCUACCACAAGGCUCUCAUUCGCGCCCAGCAGCACAGCAUCACAGGCGUCACUCUCUCCCUCACGCAGGGAGUGGUGAAGAACAUUAUCCCCGCUAUAGCAUCAACCAAUGCCAUCAUAUCAGCAGUGUGCGCGCUGGAGACUCUCAAGAUCGCUACAAUGUGCUCCGCAGGGAUGAACAACUACGUGAUGUAUGUGGGCACGCAGGGCGUCUACUCACACACUGUGGCAUAUGAGAGGGACCCGGAGUGCCUCGUGUGCAGUGCUGGCGUGCCUGUGACCGUGCCUUCCACAGCCACUCUGCAGCAGUUUAUCGUCCAACUAUUGGCCGACUCUCGUUUUGCCGCCCGCUUGCAAGCACCGUCCGUCUCUUUCUAUGGAUCCAACCUCUACCUCCGUGCCCCUGCGGUGCUCGAAGAGGCAACUCGGCCGAAUCUUUCCAAGCCACUGAAAGAGCUCAUGGAUGGAGUGGGCUGUGUGAAUGGGGAGGAGGGCGGAGAGAAAAAGGGUGUUUCGGCUGGAGGGGUGUUGAAUGUGAACGAUAAGAAGCUAGCAGAACGUGAUACCCCGCCCGUGCAUGUCAUCAUGUGCCUCACCAUCCCGUCGCGUGUGUCACCCCAUCCUCAGCCGCUCAUUGGUUUCAAACAUUACCGCCCCUCUUGGCAGUUAGCCUCUGCUACAAAAUACAACCUUCGCUACACUCUCGUGUUUACCGGGCCAGCCACCGCACCCAAACGAAUCGCCUUAUAUCAGAGGCAACAGCAGCAGCCCGUCAUCACGAUCCCCCUUCACCUCCUCGCCUGCGCACAGCCCGCGCCUUCCGUGUGGCACUGCUCUGGCGCACCUGCCUCGCCUCCCCUCCCUGCUGCUCCCCUUGCCGCCCUCCUUGCUGCUGCUUCUGCUGGCGCUGCCGGUGGUAGCACUGCCGGUGGUAACACUCCUGGUGGUAACGCGGCGGGUAGAGACACUGCAAGUGGCAUCACUGUGAGCGGUACCAGUGGCAUUGGUUUCUCUGCUGCGGUGGUGGGCGCUGGGAGCAGCAGCAUGGGCGCGUUAUCUCAAGCCAAGGCGUUCUACGCUGGUGAGCACAGUGGGGGUGGGGUGGGCACGCCACCCCUCACCCCGCCAAGAGGCACACUGGUGGUGUCCACUUGUGAGGACCCUCAGAACCGCCUUCUCUUUGCCCUCCCGUGCACCCCGCCAGUCCCCUCGGCGCUCACGCCGGUGCUCUACCCCACUGCGGCCGCCCAGCUGGGCGGAGCAGCCAAGGGAGGCGCCACUGUCUCUGUCUCCUCCACCAAUGCUCUCGCCAAGAUCAACUACCUCAUCAUCGUACUCAACCCCACUCAACCCCUCCGGUUGGUCAAGGUCUCCCUCUCACCCCCCUCCUCCGCCUCUCCCUCCACCUCCUCCUCCACCUCCUCCACCUCCCCUCUCUCCCUCGCCUGCACGUGGGUCGCCCCACUCCCCUCGGUGUGGGUCUGCCGAGGAACAGCCAUGGCGGCGCAGGUCUCCCCAGCAGCCAAGGCGGUGGCAGCGCUGCCAGCACUGCCUGCAGGGGCGAGGAGUGCAUGUGUGGUUGGAGUGAGUGUGGGAGGGGGGGUCGCUGCAACCCAAGCGGCACAGGGGGCGUUGGUGCGAGUGGACUUUUGA